AUGGCAACCGCUUCAUCAGAUAAUUUGUUGGACUCAGAUAGUGAAGGUGAACGGCAUUCCAAAUGCCCAGCUUAUUCUUCAAGUUGCGUGGAUUGCUGUCGAAGUUGUCGGGGUCCAAAAGUCUAUCAUGCACGUGUAGUUAGUCUUGGUAGACCAUCAAAAACUCAAAAGUUUCCUUCGAAUAGAAUUAAUAAUCAAAAGUACAAUGUGAUCUCUUUUAUUCCGCUGGUUCUAUUUGAACAGUUCAGCAUCUUUUUGAAUCUUGUUUUCCUUGUGAUUGCAUGCAGUCAAUUUAUUCCUGAAUUGGGCGUAGGUCAUUUGUAUACAUAUUGGGGACCGCUUGGUUUUGUAAUCGCUGUAACAAUGAUUCGAGAAGCAGUAGAUGAUAUUGGUCGAUGGAUGCGAGAUCGGAAGUGA